UCCGCGCGCUGGCAGGAAGUACAAGAGAGAGUGGCUGAAACAGGGACCAAACGCCCUUUAGUCACGUAUUAAACUUCUAUCUUUCAUUUUUUACGUUUAGCAUCGUCUUUAUCUGACGUUGAUUAUUUAAAAUCUCUAGUGCUCUUCUUCUACACAUUACAAAACGUCAUCGUCAGUGGGCAGAAAGUAGCUGACGUCAGUGCACUGCACGAGCGUUUUUUGUAACGUUUUUUGUUGUUGUUGUUGUUGUUGCUGCUGCUGCUGCUGCUGCUGCUGCUGCUGCUGGUUUUAACUUGGUAACUCGCACGCGAGCAGGAUUUCUGAGUAGAAACGUUCUAGCAUGAAUGGUUGAUUCCGGUUCCGUAUACUUUGCUAGCCCUGACAGCCGGUUGCUACUAUGCAUUUGGUGGGUCAGAAUGUACAGAAUCCAGAUGAAACAUGUUGCUUUCUGAGCCUUACUGGGAUCACCACAUCCCCCUGCCAAAACUGGGACCCUUACAUUCCCGAUUGGUCACUGCCUUUGUUGCCCUGAUUUGUUUCAUAAACAGCUAUGAUGGGGACUUUGUCUUUGAUGAUUCAGAAGCCAUCAUCAAUAACAAGGAUUUGAAUCCCGAUUCUCCUCUGAGUAACAUUUGGAAAAAUGACUUUUGGGGAAGUAACUUAAGUAGCAACUCCAGUCACAAAUCCUACCGGCCACUGACUGUCCUGACUUUCAGGAUAAACUACCUCUUGGCUGGUGGAUUGUAUCCAGUUGGCUUCCAUAUGCUCAACAUUACCCUCCACUGUCUUAUUUCUGUGUUUAUGGUUGAUGUGUUUGCAAUAUUAUUUGGCGGCCCAGCUCAAUGUGGAAGAGGGGUGAUACUCAAUCUCUCUCCAAAAGCUUCAUUCCUGGCUGCACUCUUCUUUGCUGCACACCCAGUUCACACAGAAAGCGUGGCUGGCAUUGUUGGCAGAGCAGAUUUAUUGUGUGCCCUAUUUUUUCAGCUCUCCUUUCUGGUUUACUGCAAAUCGUUUCAAGGUGGUGAUAAAAAGUUAUCUGUGUUGUGCAUAAUUGGCAGCAUUCUUCUGUGUGCUGUAGCUAUGCUCUGCAAGGAGCAAGGCAUCACAGUUUUGGGAGUGAAUGCUGCAUAUGAUAUUCUCUUUGUCUGUAAUCUGAACAUCUAUGAGCUUGGUCAAAGGCUGCUGUCCAGGAGAAAGUCAGCUGACAUUGGUGAGUUGGUGAGGAACGGUUUGCUUAUGAGGUUGGCUAUUCUCUUUCUUGUUGGGUCUUUUCUCUUAUAUGCAAGAUGGAGGAUCAUGGGAACUGGACCUCCAUCCUUUACAGAGGUCGAUAACCCAGCAUCCUUUGCUGAGAAUAUCCUGUUGAGGAUCGUGAACUAUAAUUACUACUACUCCUUGAAUGCCUGGUUGCUGCUGUGUCCCUGGUGGCUGUGUUUUGAUUGGUCAAUGGGCUGUGUGCCUCUGAUUAAAUCAGCGAGUGAUUGGAGGAUCAUCUGGCCUCUUGUACUGUGGUGCUGUCUGAUAGGCUUGGUAAGCCAAGCUCUGUGUUCGCAGGACAGCAAUACAAGAAGGACUCUGACUUUUGGCCUUGUACUGCUUAUAAUUCCAUUCGUACCAGCCAGUAAUCUGUUCUUCAGGGUGGGGUUUGUGAUAGCUGAACGGGUGCUGUAUCUCUCUUCUGCGGGCUACUGCCUCAUUCUGGCCUAUGCUGUGGGCUACUGUAGUUUGCAUUGGAGGAAACACAAGAGGCUGCUGAGAGCGGCUAUGUUGAUGCUGCUGUGUGUGAAUGUGGCUCGCUCUGCACAGCGCAGUCAACAGUGGAGAUCUGAAGAGAGUCUCUUCACCAGCGCCCUGUCUGUCUGUCCUCUCAAUGCCAAGGUGCAUUAUAAUGUUGGCAAGAACCUUGCUGACAGAGGCAACCAGAGUGCUGCAGUCAAAUACUACAGGGAGGCAGUAAGAUUUCACCCCAAGUACGUCCAUGCCAUGAACAAUCUUGGUAACAUAUUAAAGGAAAGAAAUGAGUUGCAGGAAGCUGAAGGGCUCCUGUCAGCUGCAGUUUAUAUACAGCCUGAUUUUGCUGCUGCUUGGAUGAAUUUGGGUAUUGUGCAGAACAGUCUGAAAAAGUUUGAAGCAGCUGAACGGAGCUAUUGGAAUGCGAUUAAAUUUAGGAAGAAAUACCCAGACUGUUACUACAACUUGGGACGCCUGUAUGCAGACCUGAACCGCAGCGUGGAUGCUCUAAAUGCCUGGAAGAACGCCACCAUGCUGAAGCCUGACCAUAGCCUGGCGUGGAACAACAUGGUCAUACUGCUGGACAACACUGGAAACCUGGCUCAAGCUGAGCUGACUGGGAAGGAAGCCUUAAAGAUACUGCCAAAAGAUCACACCAUCUUGUUCUCUCUUGCCAAUGUACUGGGGAAACAGGAAAAAUACAAGGAGUCGGAAGGUUUCUUUCUUAACGCUUUGAAGAUCAACUCAAAUGUUGCCAGUUGCCAUGGCAAUCUUGCUGUUCUUUAUCACCGGUGGGGAAAACUACAGUUAGCAAAGAAGCACUACGAACUGUCUCUUCGGCUGGACCCCAAUGCUCCAGGGACCAAGGAAAACUACAACAUGCUAAAACGCAAACUAGAGCAGCAGCACAAGACUGUUUGAUAACACUGUUUUUGAUAUCUGCAUGCCACAAAACUAUUUGUAUGGUCACUUCAUUACUAAAUUAAAAUUCAUCUUAUUAAUGUUCACCUUUGUAUUUUAUGAAUAUACAAUGAUCACAUGGUUGAAACGCGGCGCUUUGAUUCUAGCCACAUUAUGGUCUUUUAAAAGUAUACUCUAGUUCACCCCAACAUUUUUUUUUUUUUUUUUUUUGUAAGUCAUACGGGUUUGGAACAACAUGAGUACAUAAUAAUAAUUUAAAAAAAUGUGGGUGUGAAAUUUCCCUUUAAGGUCAAGACUGUGGUUUCUUGAGCGACUCAAAUGAUUUUGUCACGUGUAACUGUAGUCUCAAGACAUAUGGAACAAAUCCACUAUGUUAACUUUCAUCUUUGACCCCAUGUUAUGUCAGCUGGGUCUCUAUUUAUUAGUCUGCUACACUUUGUAAUUGCAAAGUAUGUUACCAUUGGCCAUCCACCAAGAAUGUAACCCACUGUGGACAUCUCGACAAACUGCAUUUUAAAAUGUUGAGUUACCAUGAGUGAGACAUCAGCAUCUGACAUUGCCAGGCAAAUGUUUUUUUGUUAUUAUGUUUGUUUGCACACCUUUCAUGGUAUCUCAGAUAAAGUACAUGUCUCAAAGACUGGAUCAUACCCAUUCGUUCUUCUGAAGUCUCUGUAGUUAAUGUUGGAAAGGUGUUUUUUUUUCCCCGAAUCUGUUCUGAUGCGCAGAAGAACAAAACAAAAAAAACAGUGAAGUGCAGAAUUGGAGCUUCAAAGGAGGUGGAACGCAGUCCCUAGGGGCAUCUCACACAUGCUGGCUGCUCUUGAAAUUUAGUGGGCCAAGCGAGGGCUGACCUCAGGACACAACCUCAGUCAAUAAGUCUCUUCCUUGGAUUAAAGUGCAUCAUGCUUCUAUUUUUCCACCUGCUCUCUACCCCCCCACCCCCAAGCCUUCAGGAUAUGGAUAUGACCGGGGUUGUUGGUUCUAAUGAUACCAUCCAUUACAGUGUAUUGAUAACAUAGAUAUACUGAUUCAGUGAUUAUGAGCAUGCUGUAGUAGAGAAGCAUUACUAGAGUCACCGUCUUUUUACUGCUGUUAUUUAAAUUAGUUUGAUUUGUUAGAUGGUUAAUCUUUAUAAUAAAAUUAAUAGUUUCAGUCUUGGUCAACACCGCAUUGUCCUCCUGAGACCCAAGCGCGACUGCUGUGUGCAUUUUCUAUUUAACUUUUUGAUUUGUAACUAGUAGCACCCAA